UAGUGUUGUAUUAUACUGUAAUUCACUUCUUUAAUCUUUUAUUGUGUCACCAUUUUACCAUUGCAACAGUUUAACGUUUCAUUACUUUAUCAUUUUGUUUUUGCUGCUAUUUACUGUUAUAUUACAAUAUUUACUCAUCAAAAUUCUACAACAGAUAAUGUUGUUAGCUAUUAAAAUAAGUUCCUACCAUCUUUUAUUAUUAUUUACAUCACUGAUAAUGAUGAGGUAAAGAGACUGUUUAUUCAAUAAUAUUAGUGGUUACUGUUGCUAAGUAACUUGUUUCAUCAUCAUUAAUUUGACAACUUAGUUGUGACACUGUGUUCCAAUUAUAUUCACACAUAUUAAAUAAAUUUUGGGUAUAUACUCAAAAAAAAUAUCUUUUUUUCCCAACUAUCAAGCACAUUUAAUAUUUUGAAAGUAUAUUUUGAAAAAUAUAUUCAAUGUAAUUGAAUUAAAUAAAUCUCUAUUAAAAUGGUAAAUGAAAAGGAAUUUUGGACUAAAAUUUAUAAAAAUAUACCAAAAUACAAAAAAAGAAAAUUUAGAGUAGUUCCUGCCUUUACCAUACAAGCAAUGCAGGAUAACACAGUAGUUGCUGACCCACCACGAUGUGAAUUAUAUAAAUUAUGCCGCCCAAAACCAUCUGCAUUUCGAAAAUUUUAUGAACGAGGCAUAUUUCCUAUUUCAUUAGAAAAGGAAGGUUCUGGAUGGAAAAUCAAUUGGAAAGUAGAUAUAUUAAAUCUAGAUUUUCAUUAUUAUUUACCUUUGUUCUUUGAUGGUUUAACAGAAGAAGAGCAACCUUAUAAAUUUGUAGUAGAACAAGGUAUCUCCGAUAUGCUAGAUCAUGGAGGACCAAAAAUACUACCUGUUCUUCCACAAUUGAUCAUUCCUAUCAAAAAUGCUUUAAAUACAAAGAUACCAAAAGUAAUGUGCGCUACAAUGAGAGCACUUCAGCAUUUGGUACGUUCUGCGGAUGGUGUUGGUGAAGCUUUAGUUCCAUAUUUUAGACAAAUUCUUCCAAUUUUAAAUUUACUUAAAGAUAGAAAUGUUAAUCUUGGUGAAGGAAUUGAUUAUUCUCAUCAAAGAGGCGAAAAUACUGCAGACAUAAUACAAGAAACACUUGAAGUGUUAGAAAUGUAUGGUGGUGAAGAUGCAUUUAUAAAUAUUAAAUACAUGGUUCCUACUUAUGAGUCAUGUAUUAUGAACUAAUACAUAACUUAAUUUUGUUUAUUUUAUUAAAAGCAUCACUGAUAAAAAGAUAAUACAUAGCAGGUAAAAUAUGUAUAAUUAUAAACAGUUUUUAUUUGGUAACAAUUAAUUCAACUAUUUUUUAUUAUUACUUUUAUUUAAAAUUUUAUAAUGGUACAAACAAGCGCAAUAUUGAUAUUACACAAAUAUUUUAUUUAAAUUUUACCAGAAUCUUCUUUUAAUGUAACCGUUCUAUUGAAAACGAGCUAGAAAUAUGAUUAAAUAGAUAAAUUAUUAUUUGGCUAUAUAAAUAGAAAGAUUAAUGUUUUCAAAUAGUUAGAUCAAUUUGAAAAUUACCUUGCCAUCUUUUGUGUCUGGAUCAACAGAAAAGAAUCCUACACGUUCAAAUUGAAAUUUAUCGAAAGGUUUUACUACAUUUGCUAAAUUAGCAUCUAAAUAACCUACGAUCUCUUUUUUACUGUUUGGAUUAAUGUCACUCAAAAAACCAUUUGGUACUUCAUUUGGAUCUUCAGGAUUUUUAUGUUUAAAUCUAAAUAUAUAAUUAUAAGACAAAAAUGUUAUGAGAAAUAAUAAUGUUAGAUAAAGUUAUAUAAUUAUUACAUAUACAUACAGGCGUUCAUAUAAUCUGAUAGAUGUUAGUGUAGGUUGUGAUACCCAAUGUAUAAAUGCCUUAGGCUUAUUUGUCUCUGAAACAGGCUCUUGUUUAACUAUAAUAUUUGUAAUAUUUCCACUGUCAUUUUUUUCUACAGAUUCUAUAGUAAGAACCACCCCUACAUAUUUUAGACCGACUGAUUGUUUUGGCGUUAAACGUCGAAAACUUUUUUCAUCUACCUAUUAUUAAUAAUAUAUUAAAUUAAUAUGCAUUUAUCUACAUAUGUAUAUUAUUAUUAUGAAUAUAGGAAUAUAGGAAUAUAAACAUUUUGAUUACAAACCUCUCUAAAAUCAGAUGCUUCGAUGUAUAAAACUUUAUCAAAAGUUAUUUCAUGAUACCCUCUUUCAGGUGCAUUAGGAAAAUUUGGUACUAAAACUUUUAGUACCUGACUAUGAGGAAAAUUGUUAAUAGUCACUUUAAUAGGAUCUAAUACAACCAUAUGUCUUACAGCAGUAAUAUUCAAAAUAUCUCUAACUGAAGCUUCCAAAAUUGCUGGAUCAAUAACUGCUUGUGCUCCAGUUAUACCCAUUUGGGCACAAAAAUUAUUUAUGGCUUCAGCUGGAAAUCCACGUCUACGUAACGCUGUUAAUGUAAAUAAUCUGGAAAGAAGUUUAUCUUUAUAAUUUUAGUAAUAUAAUAUAAAGUUAUUUAUAUUUGAUUAUUUAUAUAUACCUUGGAUCAUCCCAAUCACAAACAAUUCCUUCGUCAAUUAGUUUACUAAUUUUUCUUUUAGAAACAACAGUAUAGUUCACAUUUAAUCUACCAUAUUCCCAUUGAACAGGACAGUAUAUGUCUAAUGCAUUACAAAGCCAAUAGUAAGAUGAUCUACGUGAUUGAAACUCUUUUGUACAAAGGGAAUGUGUUAUAUUUUCUAUACUAUCACACAAACAAUGUGUAAAAUCAUAAGUAGGAUAAAUACACCACUGAUCUCCAGUUCUAUGAUGUGGUAAAUAUUUAAUUCUAUAUGCUACUGGAUCUUGCUUGCCUUCUUCCAAAGUAACUUUCAUACGUAAUGUUGCCUCACCUUCUUCAAAUAAUCCAUCUUUCAUAUCCUAUUAAAAAUUUAUCACAAGAAAAAAUUAUAGUAAAUAUUUAAAAAAUAAUUAACUAUUUUUCUUACUUCAAAUAGUUGCAGAUUUUCUUCGAUUGGACGAUCGCGCCAUGGACUUGGUGGUGGAUUAAAACCUCUUAUGUCUUUAUUUGAUUGAUGACAAACAUAUGCAAAUCCUUUCUUUAUAAGUUUUACAGCCCAAUUAUAUAAUUGCAUAAAAUAAUCAGAAGAAUGUGUAAUUUUUGCUGGCUUAUAACCAAGCCAUUCUACCAUUUCACGAAUUCCAGUAAAAAAUUUUUCUUCCUCUUUCUCAGGAUUUGUAUCAUCAUAACGUAAAUAACAUAAUCCAUCAUGCACAGCAGCAUACCUAAUAAAAAUCUUUUAUUUUAUCAUAAUCUUUAUAUGCAAAAUACAUACAAGAUAUAUAAAAAAAUAGAUAUAUAAAUAUAUAUAUAUAUACCCAAAAUUAAUAUUAAUGGCUUUUGCAUGACCAAUAUGUAGAAUUCCAUUUGGUUCUGGUGGAAAUCUUGUUCUUACUUUACCAUCAGUUAUUCUUAAAUGCUCUUGCAAUAACUUAUGUGUAUUCGAUGUUACAAUAUAUCCCUCAGUUUUAUAAUUUUCUCCAGGUUUAUGAAAAUGGACUUUUGUUUUCAUAAGUUCUGUUAUCGUUAAUGCUGAUGUACUUUCAUUCGUCAAUGAAAUAUCUUUUUGUUGUUCUGAAGAAAUAGAAAAUAUUAUCAUUUUCUUAUCAUUUGUUUCAAUAAAAUUUUAAGUAAUAGUAAUUUUUAAGAUACCUUCUUUUCCUGCUUUCUUUACUUUAUUUUGCUGUGUUUGCUUUGGCACUGAUUCAAAAUCACUAUUGAGCUUGGGUCCUAAUAAAUUUAAAAUUUGAAUGUCAAAUUCAUUUUUUAUUGCUUUUCCAUCUGCCCAUUUUAAUAUAUUACGUACUUGUUGCAUUAAUGGACCAGGAUUAAAUCGGUAUCUAUGUAAUUAAAUAGAUUGAUAAUAAAAAAUUACUAUAUUGUUAUUAUAUAUUACAAUAAUUAUUAUGUAUAUAAUAAUUAUGUUACUCAAGUGAUUUAAUAACCUUUUUUCCAGAAUUUCUUUUUUAUGG